GACAGGCAUCAGAAGUCGUUUCGCAGUAGAAACGAAAACAUUUCUUACUUUCUUAGAAGAACACAAUUAAUAUCAACCAUGAAGCUGUUAAUUUUUGUGCUGGCCUUAUCGUGUGCUAUUGUUUAUGCGAGCGCUGAUUUGUGGAAACCCAAGCCACUUCCAUUGCCCACUGGUCCGAUUCUUUCAUAUAAUUCUGACCAAACCGAAAAAGAUUUUGAUAUAACUGGUGACUCUCGCUUCAGGCGGGAGGCAGAACCACAAAAAACUUCAAUAAAUGUCCAAGCGACGCAGCCUCUAAGUCGCCCCAAGACCCCCAACCAAAGUCGGCAACCUACUUGGGAUCUUAACGUCAAUCGUAAUAUUUAUAACAAUGGUCGCACAACGGCUGAUGUCUACGGAGGACUGAAUAAAGUUCCUGGACAACGAAGGCAGCCGCACUUUGGCGUCCAGGCUGAAAGAAACUUUGGAAAUAAGGGUUUCAUUAGAGGUCACACUCAGUUUCAACCACGCCCGGGAGGCCAUGGACUCUCUCCCUCGGUUGGCGUAACCGGUGGUUUUCGCUUCAGGCGAGAGGCGGAACCACAAGGAACUUCAAUAAACUUCCAGGGAACGCAGCCUCUGAGCGGCCCGAACCGCCAACCUAGCUGGGAUCUUAACGCCAAUCGUAAUAUUUAUAACAAUGGUCGCACAACGGCUGAUGUCUACGGAGGACUGAAUAAAGUUCCUGGACAACGAGUGCAGCCGCACUUUGGCGUCCAGGCUGAAAGAAACUUUGGAAAUAAGGGUUUCAUUAGAGGUCACACUCAGUUUCAACCACGCCCGGGAGGCCAUGGACUCUCUCCCUCGGUUGGCGUAACCGGUGGUUUUCGCUUCAGGCGAGAGGCUGAACCACAAGGAACUUCAAUAAACUUCCAGGGAACGCAGCCUCUGAGCGGCCCGAACCGCCAACCUAACUGGGAUCUUAAUGCCAAUCGUAAUAUUUAUAACAAUGGUCGCACAACGGCUGAUGUCUACGGAGGACUGAAUAAAGUUCCUGGACAACGAGUGCAGCCGCACUUCGGCGUCCAGGCUGAAAGAAACUUUGGCAAUAACGGUUUCAUCAGAGGUCAUACUCAGUUUCAACCACGCCCGGGAGGCCAUGGACUGUCUCCCUCGGUUGGUGUAACCGGUGGUUUUCGAUUCAGAAGGACAAUCGAAGAUGCUGAUGAAGCAGUAUCCGCCGAAGAGUAUUAAUUUUUAAGUUAAUACUUAAAUCAAUAUUAUUAAUAUACAUAUUUAUAAAAAUAUUAUUUUUUUAAACUGAUUCUCUUCAUAUUGUUAAGACUAUAUCUAUCUAUGCAUAAAAUAUAUAAUAUUUUAUAUAUUAUUUGUAAAUUACGAUAUUUUGAGGCUAUUUCAUGAAAUAUUGUAUUUCUAAUAUUCGCAUGUUUUUAAUAUCAUUUAUUUAUAUGAAUAAAAUUUUAUAGAAAUA